GAUUUUUUACAGAUUUUAUAAAGGCACCAUACCAUCGUGCAAAUUGUGCAAAGUAUAGAUGCUUUUUUAAGCAUUCGUUUUGUUGUUUUAUUCUACCGCGAGAAUUCACCACUACCACUGUACAUUCGGCGAGAAUGGUGGAUGGUAAAUUUGAAUUGUGAUAAUCGCUUCAAAAAUAGUCAGACCGUUAAAAGGUAUGGAUGAAGAUCUGAAUCAGCUGUCCAACGCCAUAAUCGCCAGCAUCGAACGGACCAAUAACAUUCUUGCAUCCGGCCGUUUGGAGUCGAAGCUACUACAGAAUGCAGAUUUGCCGGAUCGUCUGCUGAAAUUAACGCGCCAGGACUAUUUACCCGGUAAGGAAGUACGCACCAUAGAUCCCUCGAGUCGCCUAACGGUGGAAGAUGUCGACAACCUGUUCACAAAAAUUCGGCAACGAUCUGGUCCCACAGCAGGUCGACUAGCUCGAACUGCCACUCUCAAAAAGAGCACGGUACCUCUGCAACAGUCCAGGAUCCUAAACGAAACAAAUCUGGUGGGUAGCCAGUCCGGAUCGCUCACGGAUCUCAGUGACAGCGGAAAACAGACUUCUACAGUUGCGGCUAUCAAAAACAUCGAUGUGGAAACGCUCGUUAGGUCCCUGAAACAAUCGGCGGAAGCCCUGGGGCAGAUAGAGAACCGCACCCUGGAACCGAUCGAUUUCGAACGGGUUGAUCGCUACAAUCGGAGGGAGUGUCUCAAAGUACGGGACACCUUGCGCGACGUAGAUACCAUGAUCGAGGAUCUGGAAAAGUACAUAAACAGCGAGCAAUGCUCCGACGAGGGUAAGAAAGAACUGAUUAGCACGAACCUGGUGGAAAAACUUCGAGAACUUUCAGAGGUAUGCAGUUCUGGGAUUUGCUUUUUCACUAAAAUCAUAAUGAUUAUUUUUAAAUUCCAGGUCAUGUCCCAAGUGUUGUUCAUCAAAAACAACGAAUAUGUUCCGGAUAUGAGUAAAACGCUGCUGGUGGAAACUUUCCCUUUGGCCGAAUGUUUGGAUGAUGUUGGCGAAAAUAUCCGACAGAAAAAGCUCUAUCAAUGAAACCUGAGUUUCUUCUGUUAAUAAAAAGAUUUUUGGAUGUUGGAA